CUGUGCCGCGCGUGCCAACACUGUUGUAGUUUGCUACUUGCUCCGUGAGCAGCAGAAACAGUCGCACAGCGGUUGAGUUUUCAAGCACGUCUGUAUGGGCGCAUACAACUACAUAUUAUAUAUACUUGUAACAUUGGCGCUCGAACACUAUUUUUCUCUUCAAGUCUUCGCACACUAAGCAGCCAGCAGUCGCUCAGGCACAGACUCUGCCUUAGCUGCACAUUUAGACUGAACAACGAGCGCUCGCUCAUGGUGUCGGCUAUACGAUGGUGCGCUGCUAAUUUUCUCUCCGCGUAUUAUCCAACAGUUUGCUUUUGCAGAGACAAUACGGAAGCAUAGCUACAUGAAAAAAAGUGACGGUUUUGUGAAAUAAAGCCGAGGAUAUGGUUGGUAAAGAUGAGGAUUUAUCGUCGCCGUCGUCACCCUCGUCUCCUUCGUCUCCAUCGUCUCUGUUGUCGACGGAAAUCGACGACGAGAGUUUGUCCAGAGUCAAGUUGAUUGCUGACAAGAAAAAACAAUUGGAUCUGGCCGCCGAACAAGUGUGCCACGAAAUAAAGAACAGCUUCGCUCGCCUGCACGAUGCCUUGGCGCAGCGGGAGCGCCAAUUGUUGCGCCAGGUCGAGGUGGUGCAUCGACAGCAACUGUCCCUUGUGCAGUCAAAUUGGGCGAUUUUGCCCGCCGACUCGAUGCUCAGCGCCGAGUUCAAUCAGGAGCCGGAAUUGGUCCAACGUCUGCUGGAUUUCGGCAAGAUUGACCUGUCCAACAGCAUUGCCAUAAACGAGCACGAGCCUUACAAAGCCGAGGAGUACCAGGAGGCCAGCGAAGAUUUCGUCAGCUUCGACAAGUCGCUCAAGAGCGAGGCCGACGAGUUCGACGUGAGCAGCGUCAUUCGCAAAAAGAGAGACAGCUUCGGCAGGCCGAGUAAAAAUAUAAGCAUCAAUUUAAAUCCUAUGAACUUUGAGUCGAGCAGAUCAACUGCGCUCGACGUUAUUCCUUCCGUUAUAGCGACCACCCCCAAACAAGUGAUCAAAAAUACUUUGACAGCUCGAUCAAGCGAGCAAGCGACCGGACUAAAGCUACAAGUAAUAUCAAACGAUAACGGCGUCGCCGACGUCAAUGACAACGAUGACAACGUCCCGAUAUCUUUGGAUGUUAUCGAUCGUAUUCCAGGAUCUUUCAUUGAGACAGUAAACGAAAAUACUGAAGUAAAUGAAACGAGCUUUGUCACAAUCUCCGAAACCGAAACUUCGAUUUUACCCAACGAUGAUACAAUUGAUAACCUAGAUUCAAGCAUUGAUAAGAAUAAUACCCCUGAAAGCCAAGUCACUGCAAAAACGCAACAAAUGCAAGCCAAAUCAAAUGAUAUCGGACACGAAUAUCCGAUUCCGAUACAACAGUGGUUGCGACAGAUACUAGCCGAAACGGAAACAGAGCCGAUCAUUCACGAGAUUGGUCAAUUUUCAACAAUAUCCAAUGCGCAAUCAUAUCGGGAUUUUCCCCUGGAAACAUAAAGUUUUCUCGGUUCAAUUGCACAAAGAUUUUCGAAUUCUCUAUAAAUAGCCUUUUUUGUACAUUUAGCUACAAUUAACGCACGCGUUCAAUUCACGCGCCUUAUUGUAUACCAUUGAUAAAUCAAUCCAAAUUGAGAGCUUGCCGCGAAGAAAUGAAAUGCACAAAAUACCGUAAGCUUUUCUGUGAAUCAUUUCUUUAUGCUGACUACACAAUAUUUAACACGUCGAAUUUUUAUGUGAAUCAAAGUCUGAUGUGUCUGUCAGUAAGUUAUUAUAUUCUAAGAUUAUAGAUCAAGUCGUUCACUUAUUAAGUAUCGUUGUAAUUGAAUUAAUUUUUAAGUGUUUUAGAUGAAUAAAUAAAUGUUUUUUUAUGAAAUACGUGUACUUACAAUUUGAAACGCGUCCAACUCGAAUAAUAGAUCAAUAAUUAUCUUUGAAUGCAUUUAAAUGAGAUGAGCUCAUACCUAUAAUAAUGUAAAAUUAAUUGAAGUACAUCAAUAAUAUUCGAAAUUAUCAUAUUUGUUAUAAUAUUUAAUUCUAUUAAUGUAUCAACUACAUUACCACAAAGGGUUAAAUAAAAAUCCUAAAAAUUGGGUCAUCGAUUGAAA